GAACUGUGUUGUUAGCAUUUCCUUACUUUGCCUACAAAUGCCGUGGGGGCAUGCUCACGGACGUGGCUAAGAAAAUCUGAAACUUGGUCCACUUAAUCUGUUGAUUAGUGGAUCCCACAUCUCAACACGAGACACGUGGCAAAUUUAGUUACAGCGCCUCUGCAACUCCAAGCUUUGUAGAAUUCCAGUCUCUAUUCUCUAGUCUCUACCAUGGCUGGGUUCGGUAGCGGUAGCAGUAGCAGAGGCGGAAUGCUUCGCGUGUCCGAGGAUGAAAACCGUAGGCGCGAGGGUUACCUCGCGAGCUACAAGCAAAUUCGCGAUUCGCUCAUUGAUCUUGAGCAUUCUGCCGAUCGUAUUUUCGAUACAAUUUCUAAAAGGACUGCGAAAGAGAAUGAGAAGCUGAUGGGAUUGUCUAAGAGGAUUCGAAUGGCCAAGGCAAAGAUUGAGGCUAUAUCUCAUAAAAAGGAGUCAAUCACAAUUAGGUCUCCUUCAAAAUAUUCAUCAAAAUCUAAUGGAGACAGGGACUUUCAAACUUUAUUUGGGUAUAAGGAUGAUGAAACUGGUGGCAAUAUUCCAGUGGCAAAGAUCUUGGUUAAUGGAGGUUUGAAUAGGGAGUUUGGAGUAGAUGGUACACUCGAACUUUUUCAGUUCUUCUCGGAAACAACUCCGGACUUUCCACACAGGGAGGUUCAUCCAACGGUAGGGACUCAUGUUGCCCGUUCAGAUGGAAAUCCAUCUAUUGACAAUCUUCCAAAACCCCCACAUUUGACUUAUGGCAGCCUCUUAAAGGAGGAUUUCAUUGCUAGAGAUUCUUCGUCAAGCUCUAAGCAACAAGAUCUUCCCCCUCCACCUCCAAGCUUACUUCAUGGCUCACAAGUACCUCCAAGAUUAGAGGGUUUCAGCCUUAGACCAUCUGUCACACACCAUUCGAAGCAGCAACACUCCUUUUCUGAUCUUCCAAUAGAUCUAAACAUGGCCUUGAGUGAAACCACAGGUGCAUCUAGUCAGGCCAAGCCACACUUGACAUCAGGUCCUCCUUCACUGCGCUCAUUAGCUAAGACACCGAUGGUGGAGAAGCAUCAACUGAGCAGAGAUCCCAAAGAUAUAACUGCAAGCACUGAUGAUCAAAAUUCCAUUCCUCCAUUACACAAUGUUGAUCAUUGUGAGUCUUCUGAUAAGGGAAGUUCAACUGUAAGACCUCCAUCUGCUCUUGAGGAAAGCUCUCCUGGUGAAGGUGAAAAGAACGAUCCAGAUAACUAGAUAUAUCUACAGAAAGCCAUUUGUGAGUCUGGCCAGGGAUGUAGGAAUACAAUGGCUUAUAGUGGAGACCAAUGCCCCGACAAAGGUGACAGAUCAUUCCCAGCCAAUGCAAAUGCUGUUGUAAGAUGCCUAUGGCUAUGAAAAACUGUGGAUCACAGUGAUAGUGCAGACUGCUUUAGUCUUUUUUGUGAAUCAAAUGUAAAAGCAAUUGCAGGUUGUCUCCCUACCUGGGAUAUAAAUUUUUGUGUUGCUACUAAAUUAUUUUUAUGCAAAAGCAUAUUUGGUACUGAUGUA